AUGAAUAUUAAGGAGUUGGAGGCAACACAUACUCAGGCGAAAGAUAUCAGAAGUUUGCUCAAUAUGAAGUACGAUGCUCAUCACAACAUGACUCAUAUUUAUAAUGAGACAACAAAAAUUAGGCGUGAGAGAUUGGGUGGGUUGAAACCUAUGCGGUGGACAUUGAUAGAAGCUCAACGUCUUGGCUACUUUAUUGAGUGUGAAUUUGAUGAUCAACGUCGUGUUACUAGACUCUUCCUAUGCCAUCCUGAGUCGAUUCGGAUGUUGUUGGCAUGGUAUUUUGUUGUUUUGAUAGACUCGACGUACAAGACUAACAAGUAUAAGCAGCCACUGGUUCACUUGAGAGGUGAGUGGUUGCCAUGCAGGGAAAGGUGGGCAAAUUGCUACACCAAUCGCAUCUUCCAUAUCGGUAACACGAGCACAAAUAGGGUAGAGUCGAUGCAUUCCUCCUUAAAGAAAUGGCUUGCCACUUCGACCCACAAGAUCGAUACACUCUUCCUCAGGUUUCACACAUCCGUCAACGGAAGAGUGAUUGAAUUGAGGAAGGACUUGGAGGAUUCACUUUCCAAGGUAUUCUCGUUUUUGCUUAUUUACGAAGUCUAUAUGACUCCUCCUGAUGUUUUUUCCGCUCAGAUACUGUAA